ACAGACGCUGACAGCGGUAGUGUCUCCUACCAAGCAAGGAGCUGCUCAGAGUCAGCCUGGCGUUGCCCACUCCGGGAUCGCCUGGCUCCUGUGCCGAUAUAUUCACCCUGUUUGCACCCCACUUUUUUCGUCUUCCAUAAGUUUUUACGGAAAUCCUUUGGGUGCUUUUUCUACUUUAAGUUACCUGGUCUGCCUAAGUCCUGAGUCCCCGGGGCAUGUUGCUUGCACAGGACCUGGGAGUUUGAGCAAUUGCAGCUGCGAGAUCGUUUAUGGAGCUUGGGGCGGGGGCCGAGCCGGCGAUUGUGCCCCAUGCCCGCCUCCUAGGCCAUGCUGCUCCAGCGGCGUGCGGAGCGGUGGCCGCCGGGCCUCCAGGACUAAGCCGGGAGCCGCGGGAGGAGGAAUCGCCGGCGGUGGAGCCGGACCGAGAGCCGCAGCGGCGGGCGGCGCGGCAGACCCAGUACUAUGGCUGUGUACUGCUAUGCCCUCAAUAGCCUGGUGAUCAUGAACAGCACCAACGAGCUCAAGAGUGGCGGUCCCCGGCCCAGCGGCAGCGACACACCUCAGCCCUCCGGGAGGGCCGCACUGAGCCCUGGCAGCGUCUUCAGCCCUGGGAGAGGCGCCUCCUUCCUCUUCCCCCCAGCGGAGUCACUGCCGCUGGAGGAGCCCCCGAGUCCUGGGGGUUGGCGCAGCGGCCGGCGUAGGCUGAAUAGUAGCAGCGGCAGCGGCGGUGGCAGCAGCAGCGGUAGCAGUAGCAGCAGUGGCGUGGGCAGUCCGAGUUGGGCUGGCCGCCUGCGAGGGGACGCGCAGCAGGUGGUGGCGGCCCGCACCCUCUCUCCACCUGGGCCAGAGGAGGCCCAAAGGAAGCUGCGGAUUCUGCAGCGCGAAUUGCAAAAUGUGCAGGUGAACCAGAAAGUGGGCAUGUUCGAGGCGCAAAUCCAGGCACAGAACUCUGCCAUCCAAGCGCCCCGAAGCCCGCGUUUGGGAAGGGCUCGUUCGCCCUCCCCGUGUCCCUUCCGAAGCAGCAGCCAGCCACCUGGAAGGGUCUUGGCCCAGUGCGCUCCAAUUGAGGAACGGAGAACAAAGUCCUGGGGAGAGCAAUGUACAAAGACCCCAGACGCCAACUCCGGGAGGAGAAGCAGGCUCAGCCUACACUCCUUGAAGGACAAGGAGGGAGUGGCUCCUCUUUUAGUCCCCGCCAGCCCGACCAGGUUAGGGACUCAGAAUCCAUCAGCUUCAUUGAGGAUGGAAAGAGGCACCUCGGCCAGUCCCCGCUGUGGCUCACCCACAGCUAUGGAAAUUGAUAAGAGGGUUGCUCCCUCACCGGAGCACUUUGGAACUAGCUUAGCAUUGGCCACUAAAGUGGCAACUUCAGCCGCAUCCGCGGGACCACACCCUGGACAUGAUUCUGUCCUCACGGAGGCAGCCUGCGAGCUCGGGGGUGUGCGCCCCAAGGAGGCCCAGAUGGAGAGACCGGGGCAGUUUCUGGACAGGGAGACAGACUCAGUCCCAGAGCCUAGCCGGACCCACAUAAGAGAACCCCCUGGGAGGGUAGGGAGAGAAAUUCAUCCUGUUGGUGGUCAGGGUUCCUGGACACCUGAAGUCCUCAAAAGGCAGGAAGAGAGGACUGUGAAUGCCCAAAGGUCAGAGGCAUUGAAUGACCAGAGAUGGUCUAGACUGCCAGGAGACCUGGGUUCCGUAGGUCCUGAGGAGGCAGAAAAUAGGAUCCCAGGGAUCCGAGGACCCGAGCAGACCCUGGACCUUGUAAGAGAUGGGUCUUCAGCACUGGGCUUGCUUGGGGGCAGCCAGGCAGCACAUCCAGGGACCAGGGACGCGGAGGCAGGAACUCUUUGUGACGGAAUGCUGGAUCCUUUACCACCUGGAGAAGUGGCAACAGAUUUGAAAGAAGCCCAGGGCCUCCCUGGGAACAGGAUGGGUAUGCAGCCUGAGCGUUUCAGGGCUUGGCCAAGUGCCAUGGAGGAAGCGCCCCUGAUCUGGACGUGUGACACAGGGGUACAGUUGAUGGAAACUUGGGGACGUCAGAUGCAUGACAGAGAUGCUCACCCUAGCUGCCGAGAGAUGCCCCCAGAUCAGAACAAGGCCUCCUGUAAAGAGGCCUGCAGCCCCAGCAGCAUCCAAGCCAUCCCCGCGGUCAUUAUCACAGACAUGGGGGCUCAGGAGGAUGGGGGCUUAGAUGAGAUCCAAGGAAGUCCACGGGGUCCCCUGCCUCUGAGGAAGCUGUCUUCUUCCUCGGCCUCCUCCACCGGCUUCUCCUCUUCCUAUGAGGACUCAGAGGAGGACAUCUCCAGUGACCCUGAGCGGACGCUGGACCCCAACUCAGCCUUUUUGCAUACCCUCGACCAGCAGAAGCCCAGAGUGAGCAAGUCAUGGAGGAAGAUAAAGAAUAUGGUGCAGUGGUCCCCCUUCGUCAUGUCCUUCAAGAAGAAGUACCCCUGGAUCCAGCUGGCAGGACAUGCAGGGAGCUUCAAGGCAGCUGCCAAUGGCCGUAUCCUAAAGAAGCAUUGUGAGUCUGAGCAGCGCUGCCUGGACAGGCUGAUGGCUGACGUGCUGAGACCCUUCGUGCCCGCCUACCAUGGGGACGUGGUGAAGGAUGGGGAGCGCUACAACCAGAUGGAUGACCUGCUGGCUGACUUCGAUUCGCCCUGCGUGAUGGACUGCAAGAUGGGCAUCAGGACAUACCUUGAGGAAGAACUCACCAAGGCCCGGAAGAAGCCUAGCUUGCGGAAGGACAUGUACCAGAAGAUGGUUGAGGUGGACCCUGAGGCCCCCACUGAGGAGGAGAAAGCCCAGAGGGCUGUGACCAAGCCACGUUACAUGCAGUGGCGAGAGACUAUCAGUUCCACGGCUACCCUGGGCUUUAGGAUCGAGGGCAUUAAGAAGGAAGAUGGCUCCGUGAACCGUGACUUCAAGAAGACCAAAACAAGGGAGCAGGUCACUGAGGCCUUCAGAGAAUUCACUAAAGGAAACCAGAACAUCCUGAUCGCCUACCGGGACCGGCUGAAGGCCAUUCGAGAAACCCUGGAAGUCUCUCCCUUCUUCAAGUGCCAUGAGGUCAUUGGCAGCUCACUCCUCUUCAUCCAUGACAAGAAGGAGCAAGCCAAGGUGUGGAUGAUCGACUUUGGGAAAACCACACCUCUGCCAGAAGGCCAGACCCUGCGGCACGACGUCCCCUGGCAGGAGGGGAACCGGGAGGAUGGCUACCUCUCAGGGCUGAACAACCUCAUCGACAUCCUGACAGAAAUGUCCCAGGGGAGCCCCCUCACCUGAGGCCACCGCCACCUUGCCUACCCAGCCACCUUGCCUGCCACCUCUGCCUCUCCCAUGUUCCUUGCUUCCCCUGUCUCCAUUCUUCUCUGAGCGCCCACCUAAGAACAGAGCUUCCCAUCUGCACUACAGGACACUUAGGGAAGAAAAGAGAUUCUCUAGGUCUCUUUCCUUCCUACGCAAGGGCCUGGAGGUGGCGUUUCUAAUUCUCUCUAAGUAGAACUACCUUCUGGAAGAGAAUUACCCAAAGCCAGGCCCCACAUCCUGUACAGCCCAUUGUACUCAGGGCCCGCAUGGGUCUAAGAGGCUGCUGGGGGACUUGAGAGAUUGAGCCUCCCUCUGGGAGACCCCCAGAAAGUUCAGGCCCAGACUGGCUACCUGUAGAGCCCUGCUGCCCCCUGGUGGCUGGUGCCAUCGGUCUAUACAGCCCCGUUGGUGCCUCCCACCAUGGGCCCUGAAGCCAGGCCAGAGUCCUGACUUCUGGGAGCUGGGAACACAACCUCUGGGGAACCUGCAUGUGGCUCAUGAGCAAAGAAUCCACCAGUGAGAGGCCCCAGCUUUCCAAGAACACUGUGUGGCCUUUCUAGAGAUGCUAAACCAGGACCCCACCUUGUUGUUGUUAAACCUUGGAAAUCAGGCCAGAUUAGGAGCUGGGAGUAUGGGGAGCGGCUUUUGACUGUUUCUAAAGACCUUUGCUCCUCCAUCUGGGACCAACUGCCUGUGAAUUCAGAGGGGUCAUUCUGCAAAGGUGAGCUUCCAGGGACAAUGUCAUAUCUCCUAGAGCCACUGCUCAGUGCCCCUAGAUCUGCCCUGCUGUGGAUAGGUCCAGAGCUGGGGUAGAUGACUCAAGGCCCAUACCCACCUCCAGGGAUCUGCAGCAGCCCUGAGAGCCUGCCACACUUGGGGGAGGAGACUGCUCUUUUGUCCCUCCAAAUCCUUGGUAGCCGGGUACCUCUACUCCUGUACCCCGAGUCCCUCCAUGGGGAAACAUCUAACAGUUCGGGCAGUACUAGGCCUUAGGGAGGCAGGAUUUGGGCUCCUGGAAUGAUUUCUAAAUUUCCCUUCAAAUCGCUUGUUCUUCCAGCUUGAAGGGCUUAGGCCAGUGUUUCUCCACAUCAUGUGGAUAGUUCCCAGGGCUCACAGGGGUGCCCAUGGCUCUGCCAAGCCUUUUCCUUCCUGGAGUCCUGAGCUGCUUGAAGGGCCAUGGGGUACCAUUCUUAAUCACCACUUCAACUGUGAAGCGGGGGACCUGGCUGACUAAAAAGAGUGUACUGUACGGUCUGUGUGACUUUUCAAAGACCACACGCCCAGCUGUUGCCCUUUGGAGCUACCCUCUGCUCCCCUGGGCUUGUCAUCUCCUCUUCUACUGAGAAACCCUGGGUCACAUGGACAGAUGCUCUUCUGGGUACCAGGCCAGCAGACGCUGUUUGGGAAAUGGGGUAAGCCAGCGUGUACACACCUAGCAAUAUCGCUUUGGGCAGGGGUGGCCACCUUGGCCGCCUACCCUAGUUCCCUGGGGUUUCUAGAAGAACUGUUGGCCCAUGUGACACGUGUGUUUCCCCUUUCAUGCUGGUGGGUGAGUGACAGUUGGUGGGGGCGGGAGGUGGGACCCGCAAGGAUGUAUAAGUACAGAUUUUAAAAAAGGAACUCUUUUAAACUUCCUGGCUCCUAUUCAGAUGGUGGUGAGCUCCUAUGUGGGCUGACUUUCUAAAGGUCACCCCCCCCCACGCCCCCACGGGCGAGCCCAGACCUUGUGACAGCACGUGAUUGGGAAGACAGGCAGCCUGAAGUGGGGGAGGAAAGUAGCAACUGGGCAGCAAGCUCUGGCACUCCCCAGCUGUAGCUGCCUGAGGGCUUAAGAGGGCCCCGUGGUCUGUAAUCAACCAUGUGCUGGGGAGGGUCGUCAUUAAUUCUAAGAGUCGAUAGCUACGACCUGGCCACAACUCCCUUUCUGAUCUCAGAAAAAAAAAAGUUUGCUAAAGCAAACUACGCUAUGAACAAAAAUCCCAGGGACCAGUUUAAUGUAUGUAAGAGAACAUAACUGGCCAAGCACUUUAAGAAGGAGUCACCUGUCACAAUAACGUGCUCAGGUGCUGUGACUAGCUGCCGGUCAGCAAGAGCUUAAGACCGGGCUGGACAGUGCUUUGUGCUGGGGAAUGUCGUAAGGUGAUGUAGAGAGGCAUCUCUAGGGUUAUUCUGUUACCAAGGGUGUUUUGCUUCAUUGGGUUUUUGUAUUUACCAUGCUAACACCCACACUUUAUCUCCCAAACCAUUGUCCCCUUCCUUCCUGCCCCGUUGGGAUGGAUAGAGCUUAGAUGGAAUUUCCCGGAACCUCUGGCAAUCUGAUAACCCAUGUUCAUGUACCUGAUGGAGACUCCCAAAGUCCUGGCUACGCAGGUGCUGGGACACAGGACAGACUACAUGCACCAGUGUGUAGAUGCAAGUCCAGGGAGCCCUCCUGCUCUUGGGCCACCAGGUUUCUUGGUGGCCAGCCUUGCUUUGCACGCUCCGAAGGUUGCUUCAGCCGCUUUCCCCAGACCAGACUUUAGUGCCCUUUAAGAAGUGUGUAAGUUAUAUUUAUUUUGUUUUUGUUUUAAUUGCACAAAACACUAAGAGGAAAGGCUGGGCUGCUCCUCCGAAGCUCCGCCAGCCUUCUGGGGGGCCUUGCCUUCCUGUCCGGGGGAGUCCUGGGCAGCUGUGGCUUCAAGGAUGCUGUUCACCUUUGCCUUGCUGUAUUUAGCUUCAAGACCGCCUGUGUUCUGCCUACCCUGUGUGUAUAACUCCCCCCUCACCCCGCUCCAGGGUGCUCACCCAUCAGUGCCUUUUUGGGAGGAGAGGACCCUUCCCACACCCUGACUGGCUCUCCUCCUCUGUAUUCCUCUCCCCGUGGGACUGUUACAUUCCUUGCCCAGUGCCCAUCAGUCAACUGUAGACGCUCUUCCCCUUCUCAAUAAAGGCCUUGG